AGUGCGAGCGGUUUAAGUUAGGUGGCAGACUUUUCCAAAUCUUCAAUUACUCAGAAAACAUACACAAUGAAGUUUAUUAUUGCCUUCUCACUUGUUUCCCUCUCCAUUUUCCUUUUGUUUCUGAUUGUUGCCUCUGAUUCUACAGAGGAAGCACAGGCUCUUCUUAGAUGGAAAGCCAGUUUUCAUAACCAAACUCAGCCUCUCUUGUCUUCAUGGUCCAUUCUCAAUUCAACCCAUUGCACUUGGUUCGGUGUCUCUUGCAAUAGUGCUGGAAGUAUCACUAUGAUUAACCUUACCAGUUGUGGCAUACUUGGUACGCUCUAUAACUUUUCGUUCUCAUCAUUUUCCAAUCUCUCAUAUUUUGAUCUUAGCAUGAAUUCACUCCAUGGUUCCAUCCCUCCUGAACUCGAUCAUCUCUCCAACCUUGUCCACCUUGAUUUGUCGUGGAAUCAGUUUUCAGGGCAAAUCCCACCUACGCUUGUCCAGCUAACUCAUCUUGAGGUUUUUGCGCUCAAUGAUAAUCAACUAAAUGGCUCAAUUCCUCAAGAAAUAGGUCAUGAGCUAAGGUCCCUCGUUCAGCUUCAGCUGCACAAUAACUUUCUAGAUGGAGCCAUUCCAACUUCUUUGGGUAAUAUGAGUAACUUGACUGACUUGAAUCUCUUCAAUAAUUCACUCUCCGGUUCCAUCCCACCAGGACUUGGUCAGCUCUCCAAGCUUAUCUUCCUUCAAUUGGAAGAAAAUCACCUAAAUGGUUCCAUUCCUUGGGAACUAGGAAAUUUGAGCUCCAUUUAUGAUCUAGAUGUGAGCAAUAAUCAACUCAGUGGUCAAAUUCCGACAUCAUUUGGUGGUCUAAGACUUAGAGGUAUCUGUUAUCUUUACCUUUAUAAUAACACUCUAUCUGACAGCAUACCUAAAGAGAUUGGAAACUUGACAACUCUUCUUCACUUGGAGUUGAAUGGUAAUCAACUUAGUGGUUCACUUCCAGCUUUCCUUGAAAAGUUGAGCAGCUUACAAAUUUUGCAGCUCAAGCAAAAUUUAUUUUCUGGAUCCAUUCCUGAAGAAUUGGGAAGACUAAAGGCCCUUACUUCGUUGGAUUUAAGUGAAAAUGAGUUAAAUGGUUCUCUUCCAACUUCAUUUGGGAAUAUAAGCAACUUGGAAAAUUUCAAUGUAGCCCAAAAUCAACUAUCUGGAUCCAUUCCUAUAGAAAUAGGAAACUUGACGAAGUUGGCAUUUCUUGCUUUAUAUGACAACCUGCUCACUGGUCACUUACCUGAAAAUGUUUGUAGGGGUAGAUCACUCCUGUAUUUUGGCAUAAGCAACAACCAUUUGGUAGGCUCAGUACCCAAAGACAUGAGAAACUGCACCAGCUUGGUUAGAGUUCGUCUUAAUGACAACCAACUAGAAGGAAAUACAGAUGCAGACUUUGGAGUCUAUCCAAACUUGACCUUUAUUGAUAUGAGCCACAAUCGAUUUUCCGGAGAAAUCUCGCCUAAAUGGGGUCGAUGCUUACAAUUGACCACUCUAUGGAUUGUCGGGAAUAACAUGAGUGGUAAGAUACCUCCAGAGAUUGGAAAUUGGACUCAACUAUAUGGUCUUGAUUUUUCUAUGAAUCAUUUGGUUGGGAGUAUCCCGAGGGAGUUGGGAAGGUUGACUAAUUUGGUGAAUUUGAGGUUGAACGGCAAUCAGUUUUCUGGUGGUAUUCCUGUUGAGGUCGGAUCACUUACCAAUCUUGAAUUUCUCGACUUAUCAGGGAAUAGAUUGAGCAACAUGCCUGACAGUUUGGGAGCCCUGUUGAAUCUGCAUUACUUGAAUUUGAGCUGCAACAAAUUCAACCAAAGAAUUCCAAUUCAAAUUGGCGAAUUAGUUCACCUUUCUCAACUUGAUUUGAGUCAUAACUUGCUUAUCGGAGAAAUACCAGCACAAUUCACUAAGUUACAAGACCUGAUGAUCCUAAAUCUCUCCUUCAAUAAUCUUUGGGGUCCUAUUCCAAACAGCAAAGUAUUUCAAAGUUUUCCAGCCGAAGCAUUCCAAGGAAACCAAGGAUUGUGUGGCAAUGUGAAUGGAUUGCAACCAUGUCAAUUGCCACACAAGGAAGAUGGACAUGCUCCAACAAAGAGCCAUAAGAUUGUGUUUAUAGUUGUGUUUCCCCUCUUAGGAGUACUUGCUAUAUCCUUUGUAAUAAUUCUUGUGUUUCAUAAUUUCCAAAGACGAAGGAAGGACGACCCAAAGAACAAUGAGCAAUCAAUUAUAUUAUCCAUGUUUGAUAGCACAGUGAAAUUUGAAGACAUCAUGGAAGCAACCAACAACUUUGAUGCCAUGUAUUGCAUUGGGGAAGGGGGUCAUGGAACUGUCUAUAAAGUUGAUCUUCCGUCAGGUGAUAUUGUUGCUGUCAAGAGAUUCCACUGUUUACUUGACAGUAGCAAUUCAACAGAUCAAAAGGAAUUUUUCAAUGAGGUCAAGACCUUAACAGAGAUAAGGCAUAGGAACAUUGUGAAACUCUAUGGCUUCUGCACACAUUCAAAAUACACAUUCUUAGUCUAUGAUUAUCUUUAGAGAGGUAGCCUAGCCAAAAUUCUAAGCAACGACAAGGAAGCGAACGAGUUGGAUUGGUCUAAGAGAGUGAAUGUCAUCAAAGGUGUCUCUCACGCCUUGUCUUACAUGCACCAUGAUUUACCAUCGCCAAUCAUUCAUCGAGACAUAUCGAGCAAAAAUAUUUUGCUAGAUUUGGAAUAUGAAGCUCAUGUUUCAGACUUUGGCACCGCUAAACUUCUCAAGCAGGACUCGUCUAAUUGGUCAAAACUAGCUGGAACACAUGGAUACAUUGCACCAGAGCUUGCUUAUACAAUGAAGGUGACUGAAAAAUGUGACGUAUAUAGCUUUGGAGUGUUGGCACUAGAAGUUCUCAAAGGGAGUCAUCCAGGAGAUAUUAUGUCAAACGCAUCAUCUUCAUCUGCUGCUCUCCAAGUUAAACUUAAUGAUUUGUUAGACCAACGCCUUUCACCUCCACGGUUCAAGGUUCUUUAUAAAGUAAACCGCAUCAUGGAGGUGGCCGUUUCAUGCUUAGAUGUGAAUCCACAACGUAGGCCGGCCAUGCAACUCGUUUCUAAGUUACUGUCUGACUGAAUAUUUGGAAGGUCAUCAUGGCUUGUGAAAGCUGCUGGUGGAAACAAAGAAGAAACCUUGCGCUCACUUAUAUCCAGAAGGUGCUUGUAGGAGGGUUCAUCAUGGCCUACAUUAAUGAACUAUAUCCAAACUUGAAUUUUAUCUUCUGAAAGUAUUGAAGUUUUGUGCAGUUAAGAAAGCAAAGUAUGAGAUUACUGGUAUAACAUAUAAAUAGUUACUGUUACUGUUA